AUGUUUCAAAUGCCGCGACCUUCAGGCGGAAGCCUCGGACGGACGAAAAAUAUCCUACAUUUCGUACAAGGAUUCAGUAUCUUCCUCGCAUGGGCCAUAACUAUCGCUAUCUGGACCAAAGGAGGUAGUGGUAUCGAUGGACGCACAGGCUGGUACUGGGGUCUGUGUUGGUUGAGUAUUCCAGGCCUGAUCUACCUGGUAGCAGUGCCGAUGUGGCCACGAGCCCGGCGCUUCGGUAACGUUUAUGCCUUCGCUUGUGUCGAUGUCCUCUAUUCGAUUCUCUGGCUCAGCGCAUGGAUCUGUCUCGCUUCCUACGUCGCUCAAGGAAAGUCCAAGGGUGCGAGCAGCGACGAUGACAAAAAGUCAACCGACACCAAGUCCACCACCAGGAGAGCUGAGGAGGCGAAGAAAACCGGAUGCGAUAAUUGGGCAUAUGGAAGCGCUGCCAAGUGCAAGCUGAGCACAGCGACUACGAUUAUCGGUGUUAUCAUCUUCGUCCUAUUCACCAUCACCGCCUGGAUGUCCUUCCGCAACGUGAUGCACUUCCGCCGCACCGGCACCCUCCCCGACGCCGUCUCCGAUCCUACCUUCGCUGCGCAGAGCAAAGCCGCCUUCUCAUCGAACCCAGCCCACGACUUCGAGGAGGACGAGGAUAACUUCCGUUCAGGCCGAGGUGGUGGCAUGGGCGCCUCGUCUCGCGGCGACCAGGAUGAGGACUACGCCCUCUUGCAUCAAAGCGAGGUGGACGACCUAGGCAACGCACACGGCCGGACCGCGAUGCAAGGCUCCUACGAUCCCACUGCUCCCGCCCCCGGAGGCGUCCUGCAUGAUUACAACAGCACCGGCUACGGUGGUGCGCAUGGCCAGCACUAUACGGAACCGUCUACUCAGUACAAUCCGUCGGAUUACACCCCGUCUGAGUACACUGCUCCCACUGGGUUUGGUGGCUCAUCGUACACACAGUACUGUAUUUUGUAUGGAUUAUCCCAUUCCCUCAUCACGCCUUACCACUUUACCCCCCAUACACUCGCCUGUCACACUGCAGCGCAUAUACUAACAACCCUAAGACGCAAUACCAACCUUAAAACACCAAACCCGAGACCUACGGUCUCCCCAACCCUAAAUAUGGCCAGCGAAAUCGACCUCUACAACCAAUACCCAUUGUACAUGGACCCAACCACUCAAGACCUCUCACUCACGCACUCAUCCGGCCAAACACCCUCCCAAACAGCCGCCCUCAACACCGAAAUCGAAGAACUCAAUCAACUACACCGUUCCCUACUCACCCUCGACCCACCCAACAUUCCCCCACCACCCCUCCCCGUAAACCCCAAGCGCAGCGCCCAGAUCUCCAAACUCCGCGACAGCGCCAACGCCGCCCACCGCAAGUCCAACUACGACGAGGCAAUCAAGCUGUACACCUACGCCAUUGACAUGGCCCUCAGCCGGCCUGGCUGGGAGCCCGUGGGCGUAGCGCGCGAGGAGCUGUCGGGUCUUUAUGCGAAUCGCGCGCAGGCCCAUAUGGCUCUGCAGGCUUGGCCCGAGGCCCUGAUUGAUGCUAAGUCUAGUGUUGACUCGAAGCCUAUUGGGAAUGUCAAGGCCUGGUGGCGCAUUGCUAAGUCUCUUGCGGAGAUGAGUCGCUAUGAGGAGGCGCGCAAGUUCUUGCACAAGGCGCUUGAUAUUGAAGGGAAGGAUUCGGAGGGUGGGAAGGAGUUGUUUGCGUUGCUUGGGGAGGUUGAAAGAGCUUUGUUGCGUGGGUCGUCGGCGUAG